GACGAUUUUUUCCUUGGUUUUCUAAUUUUUCUCCAAGUAUCAAUUUAUCAAUCAACGAAUAGAAGAUCGAAAUCCAAGAUCUCUCCCGGUUUUUUCUUCCCGCGUUGGAAUAGAGGAUUGAGAACACGACUAUGGAAACUGGAUCCUCUUCAGGUAGAUUCAAGCUUCACGAUAAGUUGGAAUUGCAGGAAUUUCAAGACAAGUAUGUGGUCAAAUCAAUCGAAUCCCCCGGUCAAGGUUUCUCGAUUAGUCGUCACGACGGGAAUAUCGAGCCACUUGAGGAAGAUGAUCAUUCAGGAAGUCCAUCCAAAGUCUCUACCAUUUAUGGCGUUGGCGGAACCAUUAGAUUGCUUGCAGGGACUUAUUUACUCGUUAUAACUUCGCAAAGGGAAGUGGGAACCUUUCUUGGUUUUCCCAUCUUUCUUGUAACGUCCAUGAAGUUCCUACCCUGCAAUGAGGCAUUGAAAUUUUCAACCAUGCAAGAAAAAAAAGAUGAGGCUUACUUUGUUACUUUGUUGAAGACUGUAGAAUUAUCGCCUGGGUUGUACUAUUCAUAUGAAACAGAUAUAACACUUAACUUACAGAGAAGAUUGAAAUUAGCAGAAGGAUGGGAGGCUAAACCAAUUUGGAAGCAGGCUGACCCAAGAUUUGUUUGGAACAGAAAUCUCUUGGAGGAACUUAUUGAGUUUAAGCUUGAUGGAUUUAUCAUUCCUCUACUACAAGGAAGCUUUCAAGUGGCACAGAUGAAUCUGAAAGACAAACCUGCAAAAGUUGCAUUGAUUUCAAGGAGGUGUACUCGACGUCUAGGGACACGAAUGUGGAGACGGGGAGCUAAUCUUGAAGGAGACACUGCUAAUUUCAUUGAAACUGAGCAAUUGAUGGAGCUUCAAGGUUUCAGGUCCUCCUUAUUGCAGGUUAGAGGUUCAAUUCCACUUCUUUGGGAGCAAAUUGUUGAUUUGAGUUACAAACCACAACUUAGAACUAUUAAUCAUGAGCAAACGUCAAACGUCGUGGCCCGCCAUUUUCAAGAUCUCCUACAAAGAUAUGGAGAGACUAUAGCAAUUGACCUAACUGAUAAACAAGGUGAUGAAGGUCAAUUAAGCUCUGCAUAUGCUGCAGAGAUGCAAAAGCUUCCAAAUGUUAGAUAUAUCUCUUUUGACUUCCAUCAAGUUUGUGGCUCCUCAAAUUUUAAUAACCUACAAGUCCUAUACGAUCAAAUCUCGGCAGACUUCGAAAAGCAAGGAUAUUUCCUCGUAGAUGCAGAAGGAAAUGUGCUAGAGGAACAGAGAGGAAUAGUUAGAAGUAAUUGUGUUGAUUGCCUUGAUAGGACAAAUGUGACGCAGAGUUUCCUUGCUCGGAAAUCUUUAACUGUACAAUUGCAAAGGAUUGGAGUACUCACUGCCACCGAAGACAUUUCCUUGUUUCAUGAGGAUUAUGAAAAGUUCAGAACAUUGUGGGCUGAGCAAGGUGACGAAAUAAGCCUUGAAUAUGCUGGGACUCAUGCUCUAAAGGGAGACAUGGUUAGAUAUGGAAAACAGACAUUCGGUGGCUUAAUCAAAGAUGCCAUGAGUGCUCUUUCAAGAUACUAUUUAAACAACUUUCAAGAUGGACUCCGGCAGGAUGCAUUAGAUCUUAUAAGUGGUCGCUAUAGCGUCAGCAGAAAUAAUCCUUCACCAUUUCAGCUUAAUAGCUUCGAAUCUCUUUCUUAUCUCCCAGUAGCAUCAGCUUUGCUGAUUGGAGGUUUGACAGUUACAUCCUUGACACUACAGCAAGCAGGGAGAAAUGCACAGCAAUAUGUGUCUUCAGUGCUUUUGGCCGGUGCGACUGCUGGAGUGAUGGCAGUUAUCAGAGCUAAUGGAAGGCAGUUCUGUUCUAGGCCACGCUUGUGUGGCCUUCUAUGAUCAUCGUGUCUUGUGAGCUUCAGAAGGAAAACAUCCUCUCUGAGGAGUAUAAGGCAUCUCCAGUCAAAAAGAACGCUACAGAGAUCCCAUUCACAGAUUUGGUUUGGGCCUACCAAAUUCGCAGAUCAGAUAUAAUUUCUUCAGCCUUCAGCCAGAAGUGAUUAAUAAACACGCAAAAUCAGUAGUGUGGUUAGAUUAGAAUUUAUGAUUGAAAAAUAAAAUAAAAUUGAGAAAAUCGUUGAAAAAUUCUGAGACUAAAAAGUAAAACGAUGCUUUACUUACUGAACCAAAAGGAAUCCGUUUGUUUCUUCUGUA